AGAGACGGCGCACGGGAUAGAAGGCGUGUUAACUGAGAUCGGAGUGAUUUAUUGCAAAGUAACAAUUAUUACAAUGAACAGGGAGCACAUGCUGAUUACCAUGAAAGUCGAAGAGGAGACGAAUGGUUUUUCUGAAGGACCUGUCACGUUUAACCGCUUCUCGUCCGAUAAAAUCGCCGAGGCAUUGACUGCAGCCGUGGCGGUCAUUAUCUCCGAGUUUUUGGGCUACGUUGAUACAAAGUUCUCAGGUUUGCAACUCGAAAUAUCUCGGCAUGAAAAAGAAAUCGAAAGCCUCAGACUCCAGCUACAAGCCUCCAGUGAUGACCCGGGAGCAAUGCGAAGCUGUGCGGAGGACCCAUUGAAGGAUGGAACAGCCGCCAGGAGCGAUGUGGGGGAGAGCCGGCUUGGCGCAAAUAGCGAAGCAGAAACAGAGGAUCAGUCACUCGGGCGGAACAGACCUGCAACACCGUGUGGACCGGCGGCCGUCGGCCAAGGAUGCAGAGACGAGUGUGAGAGAGGAUUUCUCAAAGCCUUUUCCCGAUUUGCAGACGGAAAGCCUCACUGUAACUUGAACUCCUUCGAGACGGAGAGAAAAACUGCAAAAUCCCCUGCAGACAUUGGCUUUUUAAAGACUGAAGUCCAAGUACUCGAGCAGUUUUCUUGUUACAUUAAACAAGAAGAUACCAAAGUGGACAUACCUCAGUUUUUAGGUGAUGGCUUGGAACAAGGAUCCGUCUUGUCAAACAAUGAGAAUUUACUGACUGUUCAAGUGGGGGUCUCAGAAUUAGAAGUUUCUUCUGCUUUUAAGCAGCCCUUGGUUCCCUUGGAAUUUUUGAAUGAAGAUCCAGUCAGUAUGGGGCAAAGCAGUGUGGCAUUUUCUAAGCAGAAAUGUUGGCCUGGAGAUGAGAGUACCGAUGAUAAGAUGCUACAAAAGAAUUAUGUGGAAAGGAUUCAGCAAGUCCAUGCUGUGAACGAACAGCCCAUUUUCAAGGAAAGCUCAGAAUUAUCUAAUAAAUCCCUCAUUGUUAAAGUCCAUCAGAAAAUUCACACAGGAGUAAAACCAUAUCCGUGUGAUGAGUGUGGAAAGACUUUCAGCCUGGCCGCAAGCCUUAGAUACCACAAGCGAGUUCACACCGGAGAAAAACCACACCAGUGUCCUGAAUGCAGGAAGACUUUCAUGCGCUCUGCGCACCUUAGGGAACACCGGAGGAUUCACACCCAAGAAAAACCAUACAAGUGCAAUGAGUGCAGCAAGACUUUCAUCCAAGGUAGUCACCUUAGACAGCACCGGAGAAUUCAUACAGGAGAAAAACCAUACGAGUGCACGGAAUGCAAAAAGAUUUUCACCCAGGCUGCAAGCCUUAAAAACCAUCAGAAGACUCACACUGGCGAAAAACCGUACCAGUGUAACGAAUGCGGAAAAUCUUUCACCCGAAUUACACAGCUCAGAUACCACCAGAGACUUCACAAAAGGGAAGAAUCGUACACGUGUCCUGACUGCAAAAUGACUUUCAAGCACACUGGAAACCUUAAAAAUCACCAAAGAAGUCACAUAUUAGAAAAAACCUUCACAACUACCAGAGAAGUCAAACAUUAGAGGAAAAAAAAACAACAAUCUAGUAUAACACAUUGGGAAAGGAAUUGGCCAAAGUGAGCACCUCGGGAAAAGAGGAGAGUAAAACACACGAGUGUUAAAUGUGGAGAGGCUGGCCACCAUCCCACAAGGCUUUAGGUGGAUCAUAAGAAAAAUGGCGUGCUUUGAAAGAUACUGGUACUGCUCUGCAAAUCUGAGAAAAUAACUGAAAAAACAGGAUUAAGAAAUGUCACGGGUAAUGUGUGAGGGUUACAAACGUAUACGGAGAUAUCACCUCACAGUCUAGAGUAAAGGAAAAGAGAAGCAGAAAGCAACAUCUCUUGUGAUUGUUUGGCCAAAUUAGUUGUUCCUGAAACUUCAUGUUAGUUGUUGUCCUGUACGUUUAUUUUAAGUCAUCUAAUCAGCUUUAAAGUUAUGACAUCAGAGACUAAC